AUGCCUCUCGCGAACAAAGGCAAGGGCAAGGGCCGCGAAGUCAGACAGUCACGCAGUCGCAAUACUACACCAAGCUCGGGCCUGAGCUCGAGCACUACGACAGGAGCUUCGUCCGUCCCUGGCUAUCUCGAUAACGAUGUCUCCAAACUGUUCUCGUCAUCGACCGUCCAAUAUGAUGACAUCCUGGAGCGUCUCGGUGGCGGUGGAACAAUUCCAGACUCGAAAACUUUGGAGUUGCUCGGCGAACAUCUUAAAACGUUAAGCCAACUGGCUGAUGCCCGAGGCGAUGUUUGCAACGCCGGGAUGCGAGAGCUGUCCCAGAAGCGCAAAGAGGUGCUGGAGGACCAACAAGAACAGAUGGAGCGGGAUGCCGAAGAACGGAUGAAGAUGAAGAGAGAGGCUGAAGAUGAUGAGGAUGGCAGUCGCGCUCUCAAGGGAGGAAAGCUGAAGAAGCGCAAGGAGCGGGCCUCAAAGGAAGACCGUCCGCUGGCCGUUGGAGCUCACGAAAUCACAAGGCAGGAUGGGGGAGAAUUAGGCGAACGGAAACGUCAUCGCGAGACUACUUCUCCCUCCUCCAAAAAAUCCCGAAAUCUGGCCUCGGGCAGCACAUCCUCUCUGUCCCCACCAUCAAUGGCAUCUCCGCCUCCUCCUGCUUCUGGCGAUGCUCCAGAGGCAGUCGGUUCACCAUCUUCAGACGACAGUUCAGAAUCGCAGCAGCCGGAGCCAGCGGCGGCUGUUCCUCAAUAUCAGGUCUUUGGACCAGACCCAUUGAAAUUCCCCGACCCAACCAUUUAUCAUAUUCGUGAAGUUACGCCCGGUAUGACUGAUGAGGAGAAAAAAGAAAUUUACUGCGUGGCCGAUUUUCCCAAGAGUGAUUUGAGUCACUUAAUGGCGGGAACGCCGCCAGACAAAGAUUUUAGCAAUUCGAAGCCGACCAACCAGGUUAGCGCAAACACCUUCGCAUCCUAUAUCGACCCUUAUGUCCGCCCCUUGACUGAGGAGGACAUCGCAUUCUUAAAAGAAAAGGGAGAUCGUACAACGCCUUUUGUGAUGCCGCGACGAGGAAAGAAGCAUUACACCGAGAUAUGGGCGGAAGAAGACGGUGCGCUGGGUGUUGAUCAGUCGAAUCCUGAGCGAGAACGCCUUCCGUUAAACCAGGGUCGUGGUAACAUCGAACAAGUGACCGAUGAAACCGCCGAGACAGACAAAGUCUCUGUCGGGCCUCUUGUUAGCCGCCUUUACUCCCUUCUUCGUUAUGAGCAUCGUGCUCCUCCAGAUGAAAAUGCUGCGAACGGAACUACCAAUGGAGACACCUCCACGAACGGCCAGAUGAAUGGUGACUCUGCUAUGGAUCUAGAUCAUCCCACGAGCGAAUCGGAAAACAAACCUCAACCUUCUGCAACAUCUUUCCCCGAUGCUUCUCCAAGCAGUUUCAAGGUACCGGCUCCUAAACUUGAACACGCCCAGUUGGACGAGCGUCUAAAAGCCGAACUCCGUUAUGUUGGCUUUCUUGGCCCCGACGACAACCCUGAUUUUGACGCGCAUUACGAUGAUGACAUCGCACAGCGUCUGCGGUUGUUGCAGAGCGAGCUGAAGAAACAAAUGAUCAUCAAUGGUGCCCGCAAGGCUCGACUUUUGGAAAUCGCCCGUGAGCGUAUGGCCUAUCAGGAGUACACUACGAUCCACGAUGACCUGGACGCCCAGGUGCAACAGGCAUAUUUGAAGCGCACACGUACACUUGGAAAGAGCAAGAAGGGCUCACAAGCCAAGCAUCGACCCGGAGGCGCAGGUGGCGGCAGUCAUGUCGUCAGCGCCGCAGGGGUUGGUCGACCGGGAAUUGGAGAUGUCGCGCGGACGCUCAUGGACCGUCGCAAGCGUUGGCGCGACUGCAUCGGCCCUGUCUUCAAAGAUUGCAAGACCACUGUCCCGGGUAAGGACGAAAGCAUUUUCGACCCGGCCAUAAUGGCGGAGUACGAAAAGGCAGAAUUGGAGGGAUGGGAUGAGGAACAAGAGUGA